UACUGAGAUUCUAGAAGCGGACAGAUCGACGAAGGAGCGUCAUUCAGCAACACGUAUCUUUUACACAGAUAUAUUCUAACACGCUAGCAGAAUGCGACUGUUGUACGGAAYUGUGAUGUUAUUGUUCCUUGUCGUCUUCACAGAAUCACGACCAGAAGAUUCAGGCAAUGGCAGCCUGCCAAACGUCUAUGAAUCAGGAAUGAGCAAAGACGCAGAGCAAAACUGCACAGCAGGAAUCCAUAAUUGGUUUACCAAAGACGAGUUAAAGCUAUGCCAUUUCUACAAACUUAAAGGUAUCGUGGAGGAAGCCGUCGCAAUGGCUUUAAAGCACUGUCAAAGACGAUUUCAAGACAGACGCUGGAAUUGCUCUGAACUAAACACAACCAAAGUAUUUCAACAACAGGGAAUAAUGAAAAAAGGAAUACGUGUAAGUGCCUUCGUGUAUGCCAUUACAUCCGCCGCGGUAGCAUUCAAGGUUACUAAACAAUGUACUCGAGGSAACUGGGAAAUGUGUGGCUGUAAAACUGGUAGGAAACAAAGAGGCGAUGAUUUCUGGGAGUGGAAAGGAUGUAGUACAUUUAAUGAGUUCUUGAAGUAUGGCGAAGAGGUAUCAAGACGUUAUAUGGAUCCACCCAAACACGACGAGCUCUCUCUGCUCAUUCAACAUAAUAAUGAGGCAGGACGACAGGCCUUAAGAAAUGCCAUCCAGAGGGACUGCAAGAUACUUAUUUUUGGAUUUGGUGCUCAACACCGCAUCUGUUGGCGUAAACUACCAUCAUUCGAUAGAGUCGCUGUCAACCUUCGAAAGAAAUUCGAUCGAUCCUGGCGUGUACGUGCGAACAGAACCCUGGAAAGAAAUUUCGACAAGAGACGCCCUUCAAGAAAAGCCCUCGUGUACACCGAUGAUUCUCCCGGCUUUUGCCGAGCUAAUCCGAGCCUGGGAACUGCAGGAACUCGAGGGAGACUGUGCAAGAAGAACACUUAUGGCAGCGAAGGCUGUACGAUAAUGUGUUGUGCAAGGGGAUUCACUACCACCACUCGAUCAACCAAAACCAAAUGUGGAUGUAAAUUUACAUGGUGUUGUAAGUUGCAGUGCAAGUUGUGUGAUAAGAAUGUGAUUGAGCAUCGUUGUAAAUAAUCCRYGGCUAAGAUAAAAAAUGURUUUGUGUACAACGUUCACCAACAGCCAAUAUUGUGGUUGGUUAACUUCGCACUUCGAUGUAGUAAAAAUAUACAAAUACUAACUAUCAAAGACUAUCAAAUAAAAAGUAGUUUGAUAAAUAGCGACUGUUUGUAUGUAUCAUAACCAUGUUHUCUUCUUACUCCUUUAAAAGUGUAAUAAAGAACGUCGUCAUCGUCA